UAACCAGCGGUGUGCACUAGCACUCUUCCACCACCUGCACUCCUCCCGCACUCCUCCCACACUCCUCCCACACCCUACACCCUUCCCCUCUCCCAACUUCUCAGGAAACUUGCCGCAGCCAUGGCUCAACGUCCUUCCAACAUCGGUAUCAAGGCCAUCGAGCUCUACUUCCCCAGCCAGGUUCGUUGCACAUCCCCUACCUUUUGCCAGACAUUCCCCUUUUCAACCCCCCACUCGUUCCGCCCCUCCCAAUGCACAUACUCUCCUGACACCUGCUCCAGUGCGUCGAUCAGGCUGAGCUCGAGAAGUUCGAUGGCGUGUCUCAGGGCAAGUACACCAUCGGCCUCGGCCAGACCAAGAUGUCCUUCUGCGAUGACCGCGAGGACAUCUACUCGCUCGCCCUGACGACUCUCUCCACCCUCUUCAAGAAAUACAACAUCGAUCCCAAGUCAAUUGGCCGCCUUGAGGUCGGUACCGAGACGCUUCUAGACAAGUCCAAGUCCGUCAAGUCGGUUCUGAUGCAGCUGUUCGAGGAAUCGGGCAACUACAAUGUCGAGGGUGUGGACACGGUGAACGCAUGCUACGGUGGCACCAAUGCUCUGUUCAACUCGGUCAACUGGAUCGAGUCUUCCGCAUGGGAUGGCCGUGAUGCUAUUGUCGUUGCUGGAGAUAUUGCCCUGUACAAGAAGGGCAAUGCCCGUCCCACCGGUGGUGCGGGCUGCGUUGCCAUGCUCAUUGGCCCCGACGCCCCUGUUGCAAUCGAGCCCGGUCUGCGUGGAUCCUACAUCACCCAUGCCUACGACUUCUACAAGCCCGAUCUUACCAGCGAAUACCCCAUCGUGGACGGACAGUUCUCUAUCCGGUGCUAUACCGAGGCUGUGGACGCCUGCUACAAGGCCUACAACCAACGCUCGGCCGUUCUCAAGAGCCAGCAGAACGGCGUCAACGGAAAUGGCGUCAAUGGUCACUCGGAGGAGCUCGAGACUCCGUUGGACCGCUUUGACUACAUGUGCUUCCACGCUCCCACCUGCAAGCUCGUGUCCAAGUCGUACGCUCGCUUGCUCUACAACGAUUACCUCGCUGAUCCCUCCAACCCCAUCUUCGCCGAUGUUCCCGCAGAGCUCAAGGAUAUGGAUUAUGCUGCGUCGGUCACCGACAAGACUGUCGAGAAAACUUUCAUGGGUCUCGCAAAGAAGAGGUUCGCGGCUCGCGUUCACCCAAGCAUCCAAGUCCCUACCCAGUGCGGAAACAUGUACUGUGGUAGCGUCUACGGAAGUCUGUGCAGCUUGCUUUCCAACAUUCCCAACGAAACCGCCCAGGGAAAGCGCAUCGGCAUGUUCAGCUACGGUAGCGGGCUUGCCAGCUCCAUGUUCUCCUUCAAGAUCAGGGGAAGUAUCGAAGAGUUGCAGAAGAAGAUGGAUAUCCAGAAUAGGCUAGACUCGCGCCGUGUGGUUCCCCCAGAGGUGUACGACGAGAUGUGCAACCUCCGCGAGAAGGCUCACCUGCAGAAGGAUUAUACCCCCGUCGGCCAGACCGAAACCCUGUUCCCCGGCACUUACUACCUUACCGGCAUUGACAGCAUGUUCCGCCGCACCUAUGAGAUCAAGCAGUAGCCACCUUCUGGAUGAUAGCCGGCGUUUCCCUCCAAUUCUUCUCCCACAGUUUUGCAUUUGCAGGAGCCGGUAGCAUUCGGUAGUUUGGCUCGUGUUGCCUUGCAUUACUCGCCCUUCUUUAUCUCGCUUUCAAAACUCCUGAGGCGCGCCUGGAAAGA